AUGAUGCAGGUCGCCCAGGUCACAGCUUGGACGGAAAAGCCCCGCUGCGCAACGGUGCCCAAGCCGCCGGCUCCCCAAGACUCGGAAAUCCAGCUCCGUGUCUUGGCUGCCGGUGCCCAUCAAGUCGUGCGCUCUCGUGCCGCCGGACGUCACUAUUCAGCAAAGACCCUCCCUCACCUGCCCGGCGUCGAUGGAGUCGGUCGCGAUGAGUCCACUGGCUCCAUCUACUACUUCAUGCACAUCAGUGACCACUUUGGCACCUUUGCCGAGUAUGUCAACGUACCGCGCAGCAGUCUGGUCGCAUUGCCCUCAGGGACAGACCCCGUCUCCUUUGCGGCGAGCGUCAACCCGGCCAUGUCCAGCUGGAUGGCCAUUACACAGCGUACAAGUCAUCUUGCUGCCGACUGGACGGCUCUGAUCGUGGGCGCCACCAGCGCCAGUGGGCGCCUGGCUGUGCACUCUGCCAAGGCCCUGGGCGCUGCCAAAGUCAUUGGCGUCGCGAGGGACGAGACGGCACUGAGGGCUGUCGAGGCGCUCGACGACUACAUUGUCCUCGGGGACAAGAUGACGGAUACCGACUUUUCCGCUGUCGAGCCAGAUGUCAUUCUUGAUUACGUCUAUGGCGACCUCGCCCACCACUUGCUCACAAGUCUGCGCACCAAGAAGGCGGUGCAGUACAUUCAAAUCGGCACCCUUUCUGGCAAGGCCGACAUGUCGCUGCCAGGGCCUCUGCUAAGGUCUACCAACCUCACCAUUAGAGGUGCCGGGCCUGGGAGCUGGAGCAUGUCGGCAUUGGCCAGCGAGUUGCAGAAGCUGGUACCCCUUGCAGCAAAGUGGCCUGCACCAGCUACAACACAGAUACCACUUGCCGAUAUCGAAAACUCGUGGGAUGACAAGUCGAUCAAGGGACGCCUUGUCUUUGUGCCGUAG